UGAGCACUGAGGUGAGAGGUGGGCUUUUGCUGUGCUGGUCAAAUCUGCUACACCUGCUUGACCCCUGGGUGGAUAUUGCUGAAGAAGCUUGCUUGCCUUGUUGUAUAAAAGUGCUGAUCGCAGUCACUCAACUCUUCUCCAUAUGUGCAUAUCCAGCAUUUUUCUGGAGCUUCCCGCCAGCCUAUUCCGGCAUAUCCAUGUUUCUUUCUGUAUCCUCUUUUGUUACAUAGCGUAUCUUACAAAACGAUCAGACCCACUCUGCCGAUGGGAGAAGGCGGGCAGCCUGACUGGCAAGGUCGCGCACCCGCCCACCUCACGCUUUCUCUGUCCCUGCUCUGUUCCCGUUCCCCAGGGGCCCUCUCUCCAGUCCUGCCCGUCUCUCUUUCUCGCUCGACCUCGACCUUAUCCCGCCAUCUUAUGCCUUAUGCCUUGUACCUUGCCUCGUCUUAGCUUACCUUGCUCUGCCUUCUCUGCCUUCUCUCACUGCUUCCAUUGCUGUCUCUUGAUCGGCCUCAGGGUUUGGAUUUGGCCGUAACUUGACGCCUCGCCUUUCUACCUCACGGAGUACCUUACGGAUACAACCUACCAUCUCAACAACACCACUUGGAGCG